GCCGCAUUGUGUUGCUCUCCGGACACGGCGAGCUUGUCGUAUCGGAGCAUGGACCUCGCAUGCCCCCGAUUGAAUCCAACGACUUAUGGUCCAGAUUUACGGUCAAUGAGAAAGGAGAUAUUCCACCACGAGAGUUGAUGUGCAUGGAAUACGGAUGCAGACAUGGUCGUAUUUGGGAACCAGGCAAAACCGGACAGAUACGCUGGUGUCGUCGCUGCGAGCGCUGGAUGCAUGCCGCGUGCAUCUCCAAGCAACGUGCCGAUGUCGACGACCUCGACCGGGAAGACCUGGCCAACUUCAACCAGGGCUACUUGACGUUUCUUCUGGACAAGGACGCUCGAAACAGGACGGACGUCUCGAUCCAAAAGCUCAUCUUGGGCAAGGAUGCGGCGCGCGACGUGGACGUGCACGACAACCAGAACAGAAUCAACAUGCCCAGGACGACCUGGGCCGAAGUCGCGUGCAUCCCGAUCCGGCGGCGCACUCGCCCAGGAUUCGCGCCCGAGACGAACGAGCUUCUGGUGCAGCACGCGAUUGCGAUGGUCGAAGCUGGGGAUGGAGCGAAGUCGGUGCAGGGCCAGAGGGUGGCAGACUGGCUCAGCGAGAAAGCGCCGGAAGCGGGCGCCCGCGCGCUGAAGUUCAUCCUGCGCAAAGACCUGCGCAAGCUUCGCAAGGACGCCAUUCGAAGAUUUCUCUGUACUAAUUGUAACGAGCAGAUACUGUAGCUAGUCUGGGUCGCUAUCCAGCCUCUGGGGGCUACUUUGAUCUAG